AUGCGUGUGCAGGCAAUUGAAAGGAACCCUGCUGGCUUGACACAGCACUUCCAUGCUAUCCAUGCAAAUGGUAAAAUAUCCACUCACGGAAUAGAUUCUGGAGGAUUCGGCGCCCUGGGACUUGUUGGCAAUAAGUCUCCUCAAUACGUAUGGUUUGAACCCGAGAAGAAGGACUGGUUGGGUUACCUGAGAGAAGUAUGCGACAGGAGAGGAGAAAAUCCGCUGAACUGGAACUUUGCACUAUCCACCAACACUGGAGACCUCCUAGACACGUAUAACGAAUGUAUCGAAGGGAAAGGCGAAUCUUGGGCCGAUUUCCCGGAUAUCAAGGCGCAGAGUCCUGAUAGGCUUGGUGCUUAUUUCGCUGUUAGCGUCGCUGCUGCAGGCUGGCGCAGUGCAGCUCUCAUCCUGAUAGAUGACGGGCAUUCCGAAUACAUUGAAAACCCUCCAAUCACGUAUCGCUUCGAGCUUGGGAGCUUCCCACAGGCGUCCUUCAACGAGCGUAGGGAGAUCGAUACCGAUAAAUAUGACUUUAGUACGUGGAAAUACGAUUUUCCUGAAGACAGUUUUAGGGGCACAAGCUGGUUUGGAUGA